AUGCUGUUCCUGCAACUUCAUUUGCUAGCAGUUCUCCUCCCAGGUGGCGACAAUAAAGAUGACUUCCAGGAGCCAGUCUCCUUCCAAAUCAUCCAAAUUUCAUCCUUUUACAACGGUUCCUGGGUACAAAAUCUGGGCUCAGGUUGGUUGGAUGAAUUGCAGACUCAUGGGUGGGAAAGCAGCUCUGGCACUAUCAUUUUCCUGUGGCCCUGGUCCAAGGGCAACUACAGCAAUGAAGAGUGGAUGGAACUGGAAAAAUUAUUCCGUAUGUCCUCCAUUGGAAUUCCCCAGAUGUUUCACAACCUUGCCAGUCAAUGGCAGCUUGAAUAUCCUUUUGAGGUACAGAUAACAGCAGGUUGUGAGCUGCACUUUGGUGAAAUCUCAGUAGGCUUCAUGCGUGGUGCUUAUCAAGGAUCAGAUUUCAUGAGCUUCCAGAACAAUUCAUGGUUGCCAUCUCCAGAUGGUGGAAGUAGGGCUCAGCAUGCCUGUGAACUAUACAAUGGGGAUAAAGUUGGCCUGGAAAUAACAGAUAGGUUCCUCAGUGACACCUGUCCACGUCUCCUCUUGAGUCUUCUUGAUGCAGGGAAGGCAGAUCUCCAGCGACAAGUAAAACCAGAGGCCUGGCUGUCCACUGGCCCCAGUCCUGGUCCUGGCCGUCUGAUGAUGGUUUGUCACGUCUCUGGCUUCUACCCAAAGCCAAUUUGGGUGAUGUGGAUGCAGGGCGAUCAGGAGCAUCUGGGCACUCAGCAAAGUGACAUUUUGCCCAAUGCUGAUGGGACAUGGUAUCUUCGUAAGUCCUUGGAUGUGGAAGCCCUCGAAGCAGCUGGCCUGUCUUGCCGGGUGAGACACAGCAGUCUAGGAGGCCAGGACAUCAUUGUCUACCAGGAACGUCACAGCUUCACGGGCUGGAUCUUCUUGGCAGUGAUAGUGCCCCUGGUGCUUCUGACGGGUCUUGCGUUUUGGCUUAGAAAGCGCUGGACACACUGUGAAGCUCCAUGCACCAUUGUCCCGUUGAAAUGA